UUCCACGCAUGCGUAACGCCAACUUCCUGUUUCAACAAAACACCGAUGUCUUGGAACUGGGUCUCUGCAUUGGUUUUGAUAUUAUUGUAAAAAUAGACACGUUUACGAUCAUCUGUCGGAUAUGAAAAUGGUUAGAGAUACAAUAAUACAUUGCUGAGUUCGCUGACGCCCUUUUCUGGUGUUUAGAUCUCUCUGUUUACUCCUGUAUUUGAGAUUCUGAUGUAGCUAGCGACUGUAAACUAGUUGUACAUUAUUUCACUACCAUGUCGGCCAAAGUUAGGGCGGGGGACAGCAACGACAACGGAGAAAUCAUUAGAAACUACCAUAAACGAGCAUUUGAAUACAUAUCCGUGGCACUAAAGAUCGAUGAAGAUGACAAAGGUGUCAAGGAGGAGGCGGUACAGUGGUAUCAGAAAGGCAUUGCAGAGCUUCAAAGGGGGAUUGCUAUUGAAGUCACAGGACAAGGAGAACAUUGUGAUCGUUCCAAGAGGCUUCAAACUAAGAUGAUCAACAAUCUCACCAUGGCAAAGGACCGACUCGCUCUUCUAGAAGGUACAUCGGCGUCUAAAACGAGCCACAGCCCUCAGAGUCCACCAGGCCAUCUCCCUACCCCUCCAGUGAGGCCUGCUGGUCCAAAGAACAAGCCAGGACCAGGACCAGGACCAGGACACAGUAAGCCAGCAAGCACUGGCUCAAGCAGGACCAACAAUAUCAAGGUUGUCCCUCGGGCUGCAGGGAGAGGACAGAAUGGUAGACCAGCAGCAUCGAAGGAACCACAGAAGAGGGAUAUGAAGAACUUCAAGAAUGUGGACAGCAAGUUGGCCAGCUUCAUACUGAAUGAAAUCGUAGACGGUGGGUCGUCAGUGAGCUUUGAAGACAUAGCGGGUCAGGAGCUGGCUAAACAAGCUCUUCAGGAGAUAGUUAUCCUGCCUGCACUCAGACCUGAGCUGUUCACUGGUCUCAGAUCCCCGGCACGAGGUCUGCUCCUCUUCGGUCCCCCAGGCAACGGAAAGACUAUGCUGGCCAAAGCAGUAGCCAUGGAGUCCCAUGCCACCUUCUUUAACAUCAGUGCCUCCAGUCUGACCUCUAAAUGGGUGGGAGAGGGAGAGAAGCUGGUCAGAUCUCUGUUUGCUGUGGCCAGAGAACUACAGCCUGCCAUCAUCUUCAUUGAUGAGAUCGACAGCCUGCUCUGUGAGAGACGGGAAGGAGAACACGAUGCCAGCCGACGUUUAAAAACAGAGUUUCUCAUACAGUUUGACGGGGUAAGACCAACGACCAUUUUAGUUAUGUCCCGGAGGCUUCUGGUGAUGGGAGCUACACAGACACAGGAAGCUGUGCUCAGGCGAUUUGCCAAAAGGGUGCAUGUGGCCUUACCAACAGAGGAGACUCGUUUCAAGUUGCUGAAGAAUCUAUUGGGAAAACAUGGACACCCACUCAAUCAGAAGGAAUUAGCCCAUCUAGCAAAAAUGACGGGGGGCUAUUCAGGAAGUGAUCUUACAUCGUUGGCUAAGGAUGCUGCUCUUGGACCAAUCAGGGAACUGGGACCAGAGCAAGUGAAAAACAUGGCUGCUAGUGAUAUGCGUAACAUCCGCUGCAAGGACUUUGAGGAUUCUCUGAAGCGUAUUAAGCCCAGUGUCAGUCCCACAACCCUGGACCUCUAUGUACGAUGGAACACUGACUACGGAGACACUACAGCCUUCUAGAACCAUGGAACUAACUCAUUUCCCAGCUAGCACAUAACGUUCUGAGAACCAUAUGUCUCUUAGAACGUGGUUGUUGUUCUAUGUUUAUUUUGCCAUAAAACCUUUUCACAACUUUCUGGGAAUGGUACAGGGAGCCGCUUGGCUUUGGAACAUUCUCAGCACAUUUAAGGAACUUGACAAAACAUUUUUUUUUUUUGCGGUAUUUCAUUGCUUUAACCAGAAUGUUUCCUAAACGUUCAAACAUGGUUACGUUCUGGGAACGUUCUCCAGCUGGUUUGACGUUGGGAAUGUUCUAAACUUGUUCAGAGAAUGCUAAGAAACAACGUUCUUCUGUGGGAAUUUCAGUACUUUAACAUAACGUUCCCUUCUGAUUGCCUCAUGGUUCUAUUUAAGAAAUACAAAUAAUAAUCUGAGAGCAUUAAAACGUUCCAUAAAAACCACAAGACAACUUUAACGUUCACAGAACAUUCUGAGAAUCUUAUUUAAAAACAUACCGUUCUCAGCGUCAACAAAACGCUCUCUAUCCUCUAUCUUGUUAAUAAGUGUGUUCAGGUGUGUUGGCCGUAACCCACUAAUUGGCCAUAGCUGAUCUUAAUGAGUGCUUGUUUCCUUUUGAAACGUGGUCUGUUUUUAAAAUGGACUAAAAAUGGCACAGCUUCGUAUGAGUUUAAAAAAACACGGCAUUCCAGCUGCAUCCUGGUGGUGCAGUGGACUCAUUUCAUGGAUGAAGAACAGAAGAUUAUAAGUUUGAAUCUCACUGAUGCCGUGUCACAAUAAAAAAUAAAAAAACUGUGUUAUGGAUGAUUUAAUACCUGAGCAAAUUAAUUUCCAUGUGUCCUAUCUGUGCUGGGAGUUCCAAACAAUUAACCUUAAGCUGUGCUGGGAGUUCCAAACAAUUAACCUUAAGCUGUGCUGGGAGUUCCAAACAAUUAACCUUAAGCUGUGCUGGGAGUUCCAAACAAUUAACCUUAAGCUGUGCUGGGAGUUCCAAACAAUUAACCUUAAGCUGUGCUGGGAGUUCCAAACAAUUAACCUUAAGGUCUGCUGGGAGUUCCAAACAAUUAACCUUAAGCUGUGCUGGGAGUUCCAAACAAUUAACCUUAAGCUGUGCUGGGAGUUCCAAACAAUUAACCUUAAGCUGUGCUGGGAGUUACAAACAAUUAACCUUAAGGUCUGCUGGGAGUUCCAAACAAUUAACCUUAAGCUGUGCUGGGAGUUCCAAACAAUUAACCUUAAGGUCUGCUGGGAGUUCCAAACAAUUAACCUUAAGCUGUGCUGGGAGUUCCAAACAAUUAACCUUAAGCUGUGCUGGGAGUUCCAAACAAUUAACCUUAAGCUGUGCUGGGAGUUCCAAACAAUUAACCUUAAGGUGUGCUGGGAGUUCCAAACAAUUAACCUUAAGCUGUGCUGGGAGUUCCAAACAACCUAAGCUGUGCUGGGAGUUCCAAACAACCUAAGCAGUGUUAUUAAAAGUCCCAUUGAAAUAUUCAGUGAACUUUUUAAGGAAGUUUUUCAGAAACCUCCAAAAUAACCUAUAAUUGCCAUUUUCACUGCGCUAAUUAAAAAACCCCGGGAAGUAUAGACUUUACCAUUAAAUGCUUCCUUACGAGUCCUUUCCCAACAAUGCAGUUUAAAAGUUAUACAACUAACAAAUAGAAGAAAGAAAAAAAAACUGUGAAAAUAAAAUAACAUUUUUAAAAAAUCUUUAAAAAAAUGUUUUAUCAAGUAACCAGAGUAAAACGUUCUCAGAACCUCCCUGCAACCUAAAAAUUAAACCCAGAACAGUCAACGUUUUCACUUCUAUUCUCAGAACGUCUUUUUUUAUUUUUUUAAAUGCUCGGGAAGCAUAUGGCUUCGUUCCCACAACCAUUGUGAAACGUAAACCGUAUGUUCCCUUAACUUCCAACGAAUCAAAUCUGCUAGCUGGGUUAGUUCCAUCUGAGACGUGAUGGAACCAGGGGUGUGUUCAUUAGUGCACACCACCAUAGCAAACAGUCUCUCCCAGUUUCAACGUUUUGCUUCAGUUUUGUGGGAGGGAAAUUGAGAUGCAUAGAAUAGACCACUGUAGAAUUUGAUUGGUUAAAAAUGUAGAAAAUUGCAUAGAGACAGGAAUUACGUUCUGAUUUGUUGAUAUUGUUGUAUUGACUGCCAUGAGAGUUGAACUUCUACUACUGUGUAUAUAGCUACUGCUUAAAGACAGGAUAUUACCCCCCCACCCCACCACCCCUUACUACUGUGUAUAUAGCUACUGCUUAAAGACAGGAUAUUACCCCACCCCUUACUCCCAUAUUGCCUCCUCAAGGUGUCGAAAGCGUUCCACAGAGAAGCUGGUCCAUGUUGACUCCAAUGCUUCCUACAGUUGUCACAAACCGGUGCACCUGGGGCCUACUACCAUACCCUGUUCAAAGGCAAUUAAACCUUCUGUCUUGCCCAUUCACCCUCUGAAUGGCACACACACCCAAUCCAUGUCUCAAGGCUUAAAAAAAAAAACAUAUUUAAAAACAACAACAAAAAUCUGAUUUGAAGUGGAUUUAGCAAGUGACAUCAAUAGGGUAUCAAUCACCCUGUCAUGGAAAGAGCAGUCGUUCCUAAUGUUUUGUCCAUUCAGUGUACAUGACAGCUAGUGAAACCACGGCAACUCUCUAAACAAAGAGUUUUAGAAUGGACGGCCGGCAGGGUAGCCUAGUGGUUAGAGUGUAGGGUCGGCAGGUAGCCUAGUGGUUAGAGUGUAGGGACGGCAGGUAGCCUAGUGGUUAGAGCGUUGGACUAGUAACCGGAAGGUUGCAAGUUCAAACCCCUGAGCUGACAAGGUACGAAUCUGUCGUCCUGCCCCUGAACAAGGCAGUUAACCCACCGUUCCUAGGCCGUCAUUGAAAAUAAGAAUGUGCUCUUAACUGACUUGCCUAGUUAAAUAAAGUUAAAAUAAAAAAAUAAACUAGUCCUGAACAUCUCUAAAACUAAAAGAUUAUUGUAUUUGGUACAAAUCAUUCUUCGCAAGUUCGACACCUCCUCUGAAUCUGGCAAUGAAUAAGUGUGGCUGUUGAGCAAAUUGAGGAGACUUAGCAAGAAGUUAUCACCUUUUUAAAACCAAGGCUCAGCAACGAGAUUCAACCGCGGGCCUAUCCCUAUGUGUUCAUGUAAGUCUGUCUAUGUUCGUGUGUUUACAGACUAAAACACUUUACAAUGUUUAAUGUAUUUUUCGUUAUUUGUCGAACCCCAGGAAGAUGGGCUGUCGCUAUUUAUGGGGGAUCCCAAUAAAGUCAUAAAGUUGCAUCCUA